UUGAACCUUUGAAGAGUGUUCUCUGUCUGUGUCUGUCUCUGCUCUCACUGCAGAUUAUAGAGAGAUUGGUUGAUUGAUUAUCAGAGAGUAACUUUACCAACGCUACCUCUGCUAGCUUCUCUCUGGGGUGAGGAGACAGAGAACACAGGGAGAGGAGAGGACAGGCGAGAAAGAGAAGAGUGGAGUGAAAAAGCAGGGAAGAGUAUCAAAAGAAGAGCUGAGGACUGACUGAGGAGAGUGGGAGGACCAGGCCUCUGAGUGGUCUGAUACAGGAAGAGCGUUAGGGAGAGAGGGAGGGUGUAGACCCCCUGUUGCCCCGCUGUUGGGAUAGUUACAAUGGCAUCGCCUCCAUUGAUGUACCACGGGGCAAUCAGUAAACUGGACUGUGAGGAUCUGCUGGGGAAGAAGGGGAAGGAUGGAGCCUACCUCAUCAGAGACAGCGAAACAAUCCAAGGAGCCAUGUGUCUGUGUGUCUAUAAAAAGAAGGUGGUGUAUACCUACAGAAUCCUCCAGACCCACACUGGAAGCUACACCCUGCAGACAACGUCUGGUGUAGAGGAGAAAUUCUUUAAGACGUUAGAAGAGCUGGUCCGCCAUUAUAAGCGUCGGGGGCAGGGAUUGGCUCAGCAUCUGCGCCACUCAGUCAAGCGGAAGACACUGCUACAACUUCCCGCCCCCAAUGUCAUCGACGAGGUGCCUGAUUAUGAAAAUGUGGAUGCAUCAGACUACGUUAUUGUCCUGCCCUCCUGAUGCCUGUAAAUAUCUAGGUGUGGUGCCUGCAGGCAGGUUUUUUUUUUAAAUCCUGAUGCCAGGGGCGGAUUGGUUAUCUGCCAUUUGCUCGAAAUGCCAGAUGAGCUGGUCAAAUGUUAGCCCAUAGGGCCUGUCUAAUUCAUUUUUUUUUUAGCUAAAUUAUCAUUAUCUGGCUAAUACUGUAAUUGGGGCCUCUAAGGAAAAAAAUGGGCUGGUGUGUUAGAAAUGCCAGGGCUGAUUUUUGGUCUCAGUCCGCCCCUUCCUUAUGCAAUGUGUUGUGUGCUGUUCUGUGUGCUAGGGAUACUGAGAUUGUCAGAGAGAAUAGUGUUUGUCUGGUUGUUGAAGUGGAAGUUAAAAUCAAAUUUGAUUUGUCACAUGCAUGGAAUACAACGUGUGUAGACUUACUGUGAAAUGCUUGCUUACGAGCCCUUUCCUACUAUGCUGAGUCAAAAAAGAUAUAUAUAUAUAUAUAUAUAUAUAUUUAUAUACUAUAAAAUAUAUAGUAACACAAGAGGAAGAAAAAAACAAGAAUGAAGCUAUAUCAUAAAAAUAAUAUUUUGGUGGGUGCUUAUAUUUGUCCUGUCUUACACAUCUACAGGUGUGUAUUAAUACGCAUGUGUGAAUUGGAAAUUAGUUUUUUGCAUAAUCCACUCUCCCGGAGAGACCUUCGGAGAGUGGGGUAACAGGACUACCAGUAUCAGUACCAUAUCAAUGUGUAGAAGUACAAGGUUUUUGAGGUAGAUAUGUACAUAAAGGCAGCGUAAAGUGACUAGGCAUCGGGAUAGAUAAUAAUAGUAAAUGUAUGUGGGUUUGUGAGAGAGUCAGUGUAUGUAUAAUAUGUAUAUAUCAUCCUGUGAGUGAAUAGUAUCAGUGCACAUACACUCCAUAGAAACCUCCCAUAGAAACAUGAAUAUCUUUUUGUCACUAUGGCAUUCCGAAUAGAGUUUAUUUACUUGUAAAGAUUUAGGCCUACUCUGGAUAAGACUAAGCUGUAAUGUGUAAAUGUUCCUAGCUUAAAUAAAAAGUUUGUAAACACCAGUAUUUAUCUACUUUUCCCCUAACUAAAUUAAAAUGCUGUUAUGUAACCACACAAUUGUUGUAACAUAACCCCCCCCAUACACCAUACUCAGUCUGGGCUACAUAGACAUACACACUCAUGCUCACACACAUCCACUUGUUUUUGUCACACUUGUUUUCUCACCUCUCUGCAAGGUCCCCUGCUGUAGACAGUGUGUUUCACUUUCAGCCUUCCCUGAACCAGAGGACACUGGGGUGUAAUCAUUACGUCUUGCGAUGGAAACCGUUUACCGUCUAAAAACUUAAUGGAAGCAAACGGAGCAAACGGAACGAAAUGGGAAUAGACCUACCUGAAUUUGUCCAAUAUGCACUCUCUUUUAUCGUUGCA